AAGCUUUGAAGAACCAGUGAGUGUUGAAAGACGAAGGAACAAAAGGAAGAUAGUCAGCCAUGGAUGUUCUUAGAGCUUCUUCUUCUACCCUUGUUCAUUCACCAUACAUUUCAACAACAACAAGAAGAAACAAAACCCAAUUUCUUAAACCCAUCUUUCACCAUUUAAAGUUAAAAUUAACUGUGUUUGAUUCAUCUUUCACAUUGUUUGAAAGAAAUGGAUCGAAAUCGAGGUUGUUUAUGACGUUACCAUCGUCCCCGGCAUCGACAACGGAGUCCAUCGAGCCACCUAUGCUGGAACUUGAGGCUGAUGGUUGCGAGAAAGAGAGAUUCGAUUGGUACUCACAUUGGUACCCGGUGAUGCCAAUAUGUGAUUUGGAUAAGAGGGUGCCCCAUGCUAAGAAAGUAUUGGGACUUGACCUAGUGGUGUGGUGGGAUAGGAAUGAGAAUGAAUGGAACGUGUUUGAUGAUACUUGUCCCCAUAGAUUAGCUCCUUUAUCUGAUGGAAGAAUUGAUCAGUGGGGGAGAUUACAAUGUGUGUAUCAUGGUUGGUGUUUUAAUGGACAUGGUGAUUGUAAACUCAUCCCUCAAGCCCCCCUAGAUGGACCACCGGUCCAUACAUUCAAGGAAGCAUGUGUGACUGUUUAUCCAAGCACUGUGCAACAUGAUAUUUUGUGGGUUUGGCCUAAUGCUGAUCCUCAAUACAAAGAUAUUAUAAUGAAGAAAAAACCUCCUUACGUUCCUGUCUUGGAUGAUCCUUCAUUUUCAAGGCUAAUGGGAAACAGAGAAUUUCCUUUCGGGUACGAGGUGUUGAUUGAAAAUCUUAUGGAUCCUGCUCAUCUUCCAUAUGCACAUUACGGAUUAAUACUCAAUUCGAACCCUAAAGUGAAGGUAGAUAGGGAAGGGGGUAGUCCACUUGGUAUGAAAGUUGAGAAGUUGGAUAUAAAUGGUUUCAAUGGAAAACAAGAUUGGGGUUGUUCUUACUUUAUUGCACCUUGCAUCUAUCAUGCUUUUAUUGAUGUUGAUCAACAAAAUGGAUCUGCAAUAUCCGAAACCGAAAAGUCAAAUCGAAGAUUUUGUUUGGUUUUUAUGUGUGUUCCGGUUAGUCCGGGUAAAAGUAGAUUUAUUUGGUCUUUCCCAAAGAACUUUGGUGUUUGGAUUGACAAGAUUGUUCCAAGAUGGAUGUUUCACAUUGGACAAAACUUGAUUCUGGAUUCUGAUUUGUAUCUUCUUCAUGUUCAGGAGCAUAAGAUAAUGGAACUUGAAGCUACCAAUUGGCAAGAAGCUUGUUUUGUGCCUACAAAGUCAGAUGCCUUUGUGGUUGGCUUCCGAAGGUGGUUGAACAAGUAUGGCGGUGGCGUGGUUGAUUGGAAAGGGAAGUUUACCGGAGCUCUUCCUCCAUCUCCUCCUAGAGAGCAACUGAUGGACAGGUAUUGGACUCAUGUGGUGAGUUGUAACAGUUGCAAUACAGCACAUAAAGGUCUCAAGACACUUGAAGUAAUGCUACAAACCAUGUCGGUAAUUUCGAUUGGGAUCGUUGCUGUGACAAAGCAGAACAUGAUAUCAAUGGUGGCUAAAUCAACAAUGGUAUCAAUGGCUAUCAUUUGUUUUACAGCUUCAAAAUGGUUGGCUCAGUUCAUCUACAAGAAUUUCCAUUAUCAUGAUUAUAACCAUGCUUUUGUGUAAUUUUUGUAAUUUUAAUGCAAGGUUAAAGUCUAGUUGAACCCUACCGACAAAUUAGAUUAUUCAAACAAAUAAAUUAAAAAAAAACACAUUUUUAUGUUAAAAGAAUCUUUUUUUGCUUGUUGAAAAUUACAAUUAAACAAACAUUUUGCAGAUCAUCAAACAUGUCCAAAAAAUAAAUUCUUGCUUUCGUUGUGAUUAUGUAAGAAAGUGAAGUAUAAACAACUGAUUCUGCAACAGCAUGUCAUCAUUUAGCUUCAACUCAAAGUCUUUUCGACAACGAACCCACACCACACUUUCAGCUUAAAAUCAUUGUCCCCCCUCCCCCCACUGUCGGCUGCCAUUUUUUCUCUCAUUUUCUCUCUUGCCAAACACCAUUUUUCUUCUUCAAAAGACAGCAAC